GGGAACCAGGGAGGGGAGGGGAGGGGAGGGGAGGAUGGGCCUGGCAGAUGGAGAGAGGGAGAAACUUCUCCUGCCCAGGUUCCCCCAGAACAGCCUCAGGUGUCCCAAUCCUGGAAAAAGUCACUGAGAGGGACAGGAAUGGGAACAGCUGGAGCUGGGAGUCCUGUGGAGCUGCUGGAGGUGCCACCUGGGCUGUCCCCUGUGUCACCAGCUCCUGCCCCACCCCACUGCCCCCUCGAUCCCAAGGGAUGGGGAUCCCUGGAUUUGGGACAGCCGGAUCCCUCAGCUCCCUCCCUGCCACCCAAACCACCCCAGGGCUCCACAGCUCUGUGCUGCCCCUGUGCCCCACCCCGGGCCACCCUGCCCUGCCCCCGCAUGGAACCGGCCCCUCUGUGACAUCAGCCCGGCCUGGUGGCGCCGCUGCCACCACCAGAGGUGACACCCGGGUUCUGCCACUGCCACCCGCGCUGGCACCGAUGGCUUUGCUGGGGCUGCUCGUGCUGCUGGCCCUGGCCCGGCCCGGGGGGGCCACCUGGGACACCUGCAGGGGCACCUGCGGGCUCCGGCCCUUGGCUUUCGACCACAGCUCGCUGGUCCGCGACUACGAGCGCUCUGGCGGCGACUCGGGAGCUUCGGGCUCUUCUGGCGGCGCCGCUGCUGCCAAGAAUGGCCCCGGUGUCCCCUCGGGGAGCUGGCCCGGCAUCGUCAGCAUCCGGGCCACCCUGGAGAACGGCACGUGGCACAUGUGCACCGGGGCGCUCAUCCACCCGCAGUGGGUGCUGUCGGUGGCGCGGUGCUUCAUCGAGGUCAGGGACGUGUCCCCAUGGACGGUGCUGAUCGGGGCCACAGACCUGAGCCAGCCCGGCCCCGAGGCCAAGCAGCUGCGCGUCAGGAGGAUCCUGAUGCACCAGGACUACAAGGCGGACUCGGAGUGGAACAACAUCGCCGUGCUGGAGCUGGACCAGCCCGUGGAGUGCAGCGACUACAUCCAGCUGGCCUGCGUGCCCGACGGCUCCCUGGCCGUGCCCGAGCUCAAAACCUGCUACAUGGCGGGCUGGAAAGCUGCCCCGGACAGCGGAGCCGUGCUGCAGGAGGCCAAGGUGCGGCUGAUGGACGCCCAGCUGUGCAACAGCAGCCGCUGGUACGGGGGGGGGCCGUGCACCCCCAGGACCUGUGCGCGGGGUACCCGCGGGGCGGCAUCGACACCUGCCAGGGGGACAUCGGGGGGACCCCUGGUGUGCAAGGACAACGAUGGUGACUACUUCUGGCUGGUGGGACUGGCCAGCUGGGGCGAGGGCUGUGCAGGUGACAAGCGACCCGGGCUGUUCACGUCCACCCAGCACUUCCACGGAUGGAUCCAGGUGCAGAUGGGGCUGGUCCCCGCUGGCACGAAGAGUCCAGAGCCAGCCCCGACUGUCACCGUUGUGGGUGAGCCGGCAGAAACGGUACCAGAACCAGAGCCAGUACUGAUCCCCGAGCUGGAACCCGUACCAGUAACUGGAGCAGAAGAAGAACAGCAAGAAGAAGAAAUAGAAGAAGUAGAAGAAGAUAUUGAAGAAGCAGAAGAAGAUAUAGAAGAAGCAGAAGAAGAUGAAGAAGAAGCAGAAGAAGAAAUGGAAGAAGCAGAGGAAGAUGUAGAAGAAGCAGAAGAAGUAGAAGAAGAAGUAGAAGAAGAAGCAGAAGAAGAAGAAGAAGGAGAAACGUUUAUUACAGUUUCAUUCCCCAAGAACAUCCUGCUGAGGUUCUUCGGGACUCUGCAGGAGUUCCUGGAGUUCCUGAGGGACAAAAUUGAUUGAGCAGGAGGGGGAGCAGAUCUGGAUUCUGGGGAUCCCCACCAUUCCCUGGCUGUGCCAAAGCCACCCCCGGUGCCAGGGCUGCUCUGUCCUGCACCCACCCUGGAGAUGAACUUGUGUUUGUUAUUGAAAUAGAGUUGUUCCUAAUGAUCCUCCAGCCC